AUGAGGAUUACGAAAAGUCCUUCAAAAAAUCCAAACUCCCAACCUCCGCCUUGGGUGCUUGAAUUUAUAAAAGAAAUUCAAAAUGAAAAUACAUGUCCAUUCGAAAAAGUCGCUUCUCUUUGCUCAGAUUUCCGCAAAAGAGAAUGGACUUACCCUCGUGGCGAUUUAUACUCAUGGAUUCCCGUGUUAAAUCGAUUUGAUGCAAUUUUAGAGAAAAUGGUUGAAGAUUACGGCUUAAAAACUAAGGUCCAAAGUCGCCCUUUUGACCCCUUGUCAUACACUGUUUUGCUUGAAGUCUUAAAAUUCUCGACCUAUUUACUAAAACAUUGCGCAAAUCGCUCCAUUUAUAAUUCGACAGCAUAUUUAGAACAAUUGCUGAAUAGUUCUGAAUUGGAGAUCUUAGACGCUACUUUGGGUUUGUUAUUACAUAUUGUUCAAAAGGCAACGAUUUCCAAGAGAGGAAAACAACUGUUCUCUUUAUCACAGGAUCGUUUGUUCCGCUUUCUUUCAUUUCUUCCUCAAGAAGCUACGAAAUCCGGGCUAGCCCAAAAUUAUGAAUCAAUACUAUUUCUUGAUGAUAUCCCAGCUCCAUGGUGCUCAUUAGAGUUUUCAUAUUAUAAGAGCUCUCCUUCUACAGUUUCCGACUCUUCCAAAACCGUAUCGCCUACUCCCUCUCCGUCAGAAGGUUUGCGUGUCUUGAAAGUGUCUCAAGAGGAAAUGUCAGUAAAGCCGGUGCACGAUUUACUCGUUCAGUUGUCAACCGAAAAUCAAAUUCCUGAACAGUAUGCUGCUGAUUUGCUUAUAUAUCUUUUGCUUCAUAAAAAUUUACCUGAUCUUAAUAAGCGAAGGGCAAUGGUCCGCAUUGGAUUAUUGGCUCUUUCAAACUUGGUUUAUGCUCAUUCACAAGCUGUGCAAUCACGCUUUAUGUUAGCGGAUCCUGAAAUUACAACUCAUCUAGCAACUCUUGUUUCCAUGGAUACAAAACUUCCACAGGAGUUUAAGGCUGUGGUUUUUGAAUGCUUCAAAGCGUUCUUUUUCCGGAAAAAUAUGGUACCUUCCGUGUUAGCCGCUCUCAAUGUUUCAGUUAGUUAUGGUCUAAUGAUGAAUCUGGUUCGCGAUUUUUCGAAUAAUCUAUCUGAUGAAAAUUUUGAGUAUAAUCGCGAAUACGUUGAUAGUUUCUAUGAUUUUCUCCAGUUUAUGGCCACUUCACCUUUGGGUGGGAACAUGGCCUGUUCAGCGGGUUUGACGUCUCUUUUGGGUCAUCAUUUAUCACUUAAGAGUCCACGUGCGUUGUAUGUUGUUUCCAGAUCAGUUUCCAUGCUUGAUCAUCUUAUUGAUGGCUAUUCUAUGGCCUUCCCUGAUUUUUCAGAGUCCAAGGGUUUGGAUCUAUUGGUAAAUCGGUUGCAAUAUGAAUUAGAGGCCGCUUUGGAUGAUGUGAAGUCUGGCAGAGGAAACACAGAAAUUUUUUUGAAUAUGGAUUACGCCAUUCCAUAUGAUCGUUACUUUUUACUGAAGAAUUUAUUGAAGUUUAUUCUGCAUUUGAUCCAAACUGGUGGAUCUGUUGUAGAGCUUCGUAACCUUAUUGAUUCUUCUCUUAUUUCUUCACUUGCUUUCCUUCUAGAUCAUCAUGAAUUAUUUGGAUCUAAUUUGUUUGCUUCGGCGACAAAUAUAAUGUCUACCUUCAUUCAUAAUGAACCUACUUGUUAUGAUAAGGUUUGCGAUCUUCUCCGUACCUUCAACCCUUUGGAUUAUAUUGGUGCGACUGAUUUUCCUUAUUUGGUAUUUUUCGAGACGUUUUCUAGUUUCUUAGAAAAUAUCAUAUCUAACGAAGGUCAUGCAAAAAAUCUUAUGUCUAAAGGUAUUAUUUCUCAUAUUCUUAAACUCAUGCAAGUUCCUGUGUUAGCUUAUGGAUUUGUCGAUUCGUCUGCGUUCAAUACUUUAUUUGUUCUUUUGCAUCAUAUUAUUGAUUUCGAUGCAGCAGAAGUCUUUCGUCCUCUAUUGGAUUGCAUUAUGUUCAAUUGUGAGAAUAGUAAUGUUGAACAAUCGCUAAAUCCAAUAAAUACAAUUGUUAAUGGCCAACUUAGUGGACAACUGGUUGAUUUGCAGAAUUCUGAAAUUUUCUUUCAAUUUACCAUAAUCGGUAAUUUGAUUUCGAUGUUUUCUGAAUUAUUUUCGUCAUAUGCCGCAUUAAAAAAGGCUGGCAACCUACCGCUAGUUCAGCUUUUUAUAAGUCCUUCUCGCUAUGCUGGCGUCUUUGAUAUUUUGUGUAACAUUAAAAACCUUUCUACGAGUGUAGAUGUUUUUCUCUGUUCUCAUGUUUCGAGUGACUAUGCCCUUUGUUGUGGCUCAUUGGUAUCGGUUGCUGCUGAUAAAAAGGAGAAAGAAAAUCUUGAAGCCAAGAAGCGAGACUUGAAGGAAGAUUUUUCCUUUAACAAGUUUAAGAAUAUUCGCACAAACUUUACUCAAACGACGUACAGUAUAUCCAAGUUCUUCACAUCUUUAACUCGAGCUUUGGGCAAUUCAAGCAUUCAAGACAUCAAUGAAUUCAAGGGCAUAUACAAGCUCGGUAGCAACAUAGCUCUUGUCGUUGAUGAAUUGGUUGGUAUGGCUUGUAAUCAAAUCCUAAACCAUGAAGGAUUACCCGAUGAACUCGCCUUGCAUGUUUCUUUGAUGUCUAUACUCGAUGCCUCAGCAAUAAUUCGAGAGGAUGAUUCUAAAGUUACGCUCACUCUUUUAAUCAGUCGAAUUUUUGCUGGCUCUCAAACACUUCAAUUACUACUGAAGCUGUCGGAGCGAGUAAUAAGCUAUUUUGCCCUUGUAGGAGAAGAAACAACGCCUCGGACAAACCGUAUUCUAUUGGCAUUGUCUUCAACCCUACUAAACUUAGUACUAAUUUUAACAAGUGCUGAUUUUAUUUCGGAAACAGAGAAGCCCCUGAACUUCUCUUUGAAACUUCAGUUAGAUAAUAAUGAGCUCAGUGAUUGUGGAGCUAAGCUCAUGCAUUUACUUCAAGCUCAUUCCUUUUUAACAAUGGUUAAAAUAUGGGAGUCGUCUGCUGAUUACCGAUUGCCGUACAUUACGAAGGCACUAGUCACGAAUGUAUUGUCCAAUUGUUUCCAAUUUGAGGAAGGUAUAAAGUCUCUUUCGGAGACCGCUCAAAACAAUCUUCCUGAGUCUCACAAUCAAUCCAAUGAAGAAAAAGGUUCCAAGCUUAGUGACACUGUAAAUGACGAAACGCUUCUUAACUUGCUAAUCAGUGAAGUCCCUUCUAAUAUGGUUACAGAGUUUAACGACUUUAAAUCUAGACUUGUCAAAACUUGUGUAUCAUUAUCAUCUUUCGAAGGUGAUGUAAAUCAAAGUCUUUGUGAUUUGCUAUACUCUGGUGAUGAAGUUCAAAUGAAUUCUGAUCUUCAGCUUGAUACCACAAUGGCAAUGGUUAAAGAGAUCAAAUUCCUUUCAUCGUUGGAUAAAGGUGAUUCUCGGAUUAUUCAGUUUGGGCCUGCUAUUGGUUUGCUUUCUCUGUUUGUGAGUCACGAUUUCACUCAGAAUAAAGCGAAGAAUUACCUACUAGAAGAGUUGGAUUUCUUGUUGAAUGCGUUCGAGUCUAUGCGUCAAUGUUUUGAGCAGGAUGUUAAUGCUACUUGGGUGGUUUCCAUUUUGUUUUUAUUGGAAGUAUUGUUAACAAAUUCAAGAAAGCCAGAUGAGUUCGAGUUUAACUCCAAAGACUGCUCAUUAAAGCUUAUUGAUGGCUCAAUUUCUAUAAACCAUACUGCUCAGCAGAAGAUACUGGUUUCCUUGAUAAAUUUAAUGAAGCAGUACAGUUCAAACCUGGGUGUGGUGACAUCGGCCAUGAGAUUGACUUUACUAGUAACUGCUAGCUAUGACAUGGUACAUGUGUUUAUUGAUUCCAAUGGUUUGGAAAUUUUAUUUGUUGCUAUGAAAUCCUGUGCUUCUGUCUGCAAUGAAGCAUUACACAUUCCUUUUAUCAGUAUAUUAAGAAGGUUGUUGGAAUCUGAAAGGGUUAUUGAACUUAUCAUGUUUGAUGACUUACGAAAUAUAUUUAAGUUACAAGGCAGAGCUCGUAAAACCGAGCUUCUUAAUUUUAUAAGAACGAAUUCUGAAAUGGUUUUGCGUUCACCUGAUGCUUUCCAGAAAAUGAUCAAGGAAACUUGUCAGUUAGCUCAUUUCGCACCAAAUGCCGAUCAUCAUUACUUAGAAUUGAAGGAAAAUCUGCCGGAGUCAUACAGCAAAGACCAGAUAAAUUCUGAUGCUUCUUUAAUGUCGCAAACUAGCUCUAAAGUGGUAUCUUCUCUGUUGGAUGAGAUAAUGGAGACGGUGGAUUCCCGGCGGAAAACUCAAAAAACCGCAGAUGCUGAAUUUAAUCCCGAAUCUGAUCCUAUGUACAUGUAUAAUGUAUUUCUUUUACAAUGUCUAACUGAGUUGUUAUCUGGAUACGACUCAUGUAAAAAGUGCUUUAUGGAAUAUCAGCCCAAACGCAAAUCGUCUUUUUUCUCACUUUCUCGCAAAUACAACUCUUACCUUGUUGGCUUUUUCCUCGAAAAGUUGUUACCCUUCGGCAGCAUACGUUUAUCAGAGGAUAAUGAAAUCCGUAAAGCUUUUUCUGUUUCUAACUGGGCCAUUUCCAUAUUGGUUUUCUUAUGUGCAUACUCGAAUGAUCAACAGACGGAUGUCGUUGAUGAACUUCGUCGUGAAGUUUUGUCCUGCGUCUUGAAAUUUUACAGAUCUAGUUCUGUUAAUUCCGAAAGCUUGGAAUCCUAUUAUUGUAAAUUAUUAGUCGUCGCUGAACUUUGCUAUAGGCUGGGUGAUGCGCAAACCGUUUCACAGAAAGCGCCAAACCAUUUAUUGCGAAAAUCACAGGAUGUUAACAUCAAAGCAAUGAUUGACCUUGGUUUCAUUCCAGCUUUAACCAGCGCUACUUCUGAAAUUGAUAUGAAUUAUCCUGUUUCCAGAAAAGUAAUUCGUCAUAUUCUGAGGCCUCUUCAAUUAUUGACGAAGGAAGCUAUAUUCUUAAGUCAAACAAAUCCAGAUAGUUUAUCAGGGAAUAUACAGGAGGCUGAAACCGAUGAGUCCGUUAGUGAUGAUUCUGAAGAAUCUGAGGGUGACGAGCCUCCAGAUCUUUAUCGGAAUUCUGUGCUUGGUAUCUUCCAAGGUGACAUUGCGAAUGAAAAUGAAGAUAAUUAUGAAGGUAGUGAGGAUGACGACGUAUAUGAGGAAAUGGACUUUGAGGACGAACAAUCAGGAAGUCCUGGAAGUGUUGUUAGUGAUGAUGAGAAUGACGAUACCAUGUACAGUGAUAACAAUGACAUGAAUAUUGAAUUUAUGGUCGAUGGGGACCAAGACGGUUCUGAUCAGGAGGAUUCAAGUUCGUAUGAUGAUGACGAAUCUAGUCAUGGAGAUAUCAUUUCAAUUGAUGAAGAAGACAUCGACAACACCGGAGAACCAUACGAAUGGGAAGACGAAGGGAACGAAACGUCAGAUUUUGAACAUGAUGAAGAAUUUAACGAUCAGGACGAAGAAAAUGGCUCCACUACAUUUGAAGCAAUGGAAAAUGCUUUUACAGAAGCUUCUGAUGACGAGAAUGAGGAUGAAGCCAUAGAUCAUGUCAGUCCAGUGGAAAUUGACUUCCUUGAUAAUGAGGAGGGUAGUUCUUCUGAGCAAGACGAAGAUUUACGUUGGGAAUGGAAUGCCGAUGUCCCUUCUGGGGCAGACAUUAUCAGUCGUCAUGGUGCUUUGCUGAGAGAUCUAUUCCCUUUGCCGGGUCUAUCUCGUCGAGUUAUGAUAAUCAAUUCAGGCGACAAUGCUCGUUCAAGACCAUUUUUGAAUAAUAGAUCAUCAGAAGAUAUACUCAAGCAUCCACUGCUUCUGAGAAAUUGUUUAUCAAAUCAAGGGAAAGCGAUUGAGUUAUACGAAAGUUUGUCUGAUUUAGACAGUCAUGUGUCUUCUGGGGCGGCGUCCCAGAGAUUAUUAUUCUACCUUUCCAUGGAUACAUCUACAACUGAUUCAUCUUCGGUCGGUUGGACUGCUUUGAAGAAUCAAACCCAUAAUGAUCCUCUACGUGCUACUUCAGAUUUUACACCUCUUUUUACCACGCAAAGAUGGAAUGGUAUUGUAUCUAUGUUCUUUGGUCAUGCUGCUGGUUCCACUGCUUUACGAGUCACGGGAUCCGUUUUAUUCGGUCUUAUUCCUCCAGCUUUGGAAAAAUACAAUCAUGAAAAAGAAGAAUCCGAAAGGCAAAGCCGACCUGAGAACGAAAAGCCAGCGGAGGUAGCUGCUCCUGCGGAGGAAAAUGCCGACGUUCAGAAUUCAGAUGUGAAUGAAAUGGAAGGUGUUAGAACUGAGCAACCUGAUCCUGUCCAGGAAACAAAUAAUGCUGAUGAAGGACAGACUAUCAACAUUCGAGGAAGAGAUGUGAAUGUAUCCUCAUUGGGAAUUGAUCCUACGUUCUUACUCGCUCUACCAGAGGAUAUGCGAGAGGAAGUCGUUUUUCAACAUAUUCAAGAGCGACAUAUAGAGUCGAUAAGUGAUUCUUCUCGUCGUUUGGAUCCCUCCUUUAUGGAAGUGUUACCUACUGAUAUUCGUGAUGAACUUCUCUUUCAGGAAGCUGUCCAGAUGCGCUUGUUCGAUAACGCUCGUAAUAAUGAAAGUGGUGAUAACGAACUUGAAAUGGAGAGAUUGGAUGAAGCAGAUGAAGCUGAAGAUGAGCAUAAAGAACGAUCCGUGAAGCCAGUUAAGAAGGUACCUGUGCCAGCUUUAGUGGACCGUUCCGGAGUUUUGUCAAUGAUAAGACUUCUGUAUAUUCCACAGCAUAAUGGCAAGAAUCCAUUCUAUGACUUAGUAGUGAAUAUAUCUGAAAACAAGCAGCAACGGGCUGAUAUUUUGGGAUUGUUAUUAUAUGUUCUUCAGGAAGCUUCUACCAGUACUCAUUCCACCGAAAAAUGUUACAAGGACUUGACCGUUAGAUCUUUAAGCGUACCCCAGCAAAAAGAAUUUAAGAAGUAUCACGGGUUACUUGAUUCCUUGUGUAAGGUGCCUGUCAUCAAUGGAAUUACGUCUCGCUCCUUAAUUUUGCAACAAAGUAUUGAUUUGCUUUCGCAUUUGUCAACUUGGGCUGACCAUUUCCCUUCGUUUUUCCUGAGCAUGCAAGAUUAUAUUGGGUUGCCUUACAAAAAGCCAGGCUCUAAGAAAAACAAGGAGACAAAUGUUUAUAAGGUAGCUCCCAUAAAUGUUCUUUUGAGUUUGUUGGGUCGUGAAGAAAUUUUUGGUAACACUCUUGUCAUGAAUACAUUUUCCGAAUUGCUCUCAACCCUCACCAGACCUUUGUUGUCAUUUUACAAACAUCAAAAGUCUGCAGAAGCAGUUAAAGAACCAAGUGGAACGAGAGAUAAUGCAGAGAGCAACAAUGUGAAUGCUCUACAAACUGAGGAAACAUCAACUCAGGUUGAAAGGAAAGGUAAGAAAACGACGAACCCCCCUCAAAUUACAGAUGAGAAUUUAAGACUGGCAGCUUCACUGAUUACCACUGAUUCAUGUUCAAGUCGUACCUUCCAAAACGCUUUAUCAGUAAUGUUUCAUUUGUGUUCGGCACCGCAUGCGAAGAAUAUUAUAGGUAAAGAGCUUUUAAGGCAUGCUCAAAUGUACGGAAAUGCAAUUACUGGGGAUUUGUCAAGACUUUCUGAGGAGGUCAAGUCUGGAAGAAAUGAAACUGAGCUUCAAAAUGCUUUGGCACCAUUCUGCCCGGCAAGCUCUAACCAAGCUAAGCUCUUACGUUGUUUGAAAGCUUUAGACUAUAUAUUUGAGCGUCGUCCAAAGAGAGAAGAACAGAGCCCACAAAACAUUGUUCAACUACUUGAAUUUUACGAUAAUUUACAAUUCGUGACAUUGUGGGAUGUAUUAAGUAACUGUUUAAUUUCCAUGAGAGAGCAAACGAGUAUCACUCACGUUUCUACAGUUUUGCUCCCUCUUAUUGAAUCGUUGAUGGUUAUUUGUCGCCCUGUUUAUCUUGACUUGCCUGAGGAAGUUUCCAAACGAAUUACGCCCAUGUUGGAACGUUUGAAGACGUUAUUUAUUACGUUUACUGAGGAGCAUCGUAAAAUUAUCAAUAUGAUGGUUUUCACAACUCCCUCGCUGAUGAGUGGGUCAUUUUCUCUGUUAGUGAAGAAUCCAAAGGUGCUUGAAUUCGAAAAUAAGAGAAACUACUUCAGCCGUCAAAUGCACGCUGAAGCUGCGAAGGAACAGUAUCCUCCUUUGAAUAUCAACGUUAGACGUGAUCAGGUAUUUUUGGAUUCCUACCGUGCAUUACAUUUCAAGGACGCUGAUGAAGUUAAGUACAGCAAACUUAAUAUUCAUUUCAGGGAUGAGGAAGGUGUAGAUGCUGGAGGUGUGACUCGUGAAUGGUUACAGGUAUUAGCUAGACAGAUGUUUAAUCCUGACUACGCUUUGUUCUUACCAGUUGCGGGUGACGCUACUACUUUUCAUCCAAACAGAGACUCUUCCGUAAAUCCAGAUCAUUUAUCAUUCUUCAAAUUUACUGGAAGAAUCAUCGGAAAAUCUGUUUACGAUGGUAGACUGUUAGAUUGUCAUUUCAGUCGUGCAGUUUACAAACAUAUGCUUCAUCGAUCAGUCUCGGUGAAGGAUAUCGAAUCUCUUGAUCCUGACUACUGCAAAUCCUUGGUAUGGAUGUUGAACAAUGAUAUUACUGAUAUCAUUACUGAAGAAUUUGCUGUUGAGAAAGAUGUUUUCGGCGAAAAAACGAUUGUAGAUCUUAUUCCCAACGGAAGGAAUAUUCCUGUUACGGAGCUUAACAAACAUGAUUACGUAAAUAGGAUGGUUGACUAUAAGUUGGUGGAGAGUGUGAAAGACCAGUUGCAUAGUCUUUUGGAAGGGUUUUCUGAUAUCAUUCCUCCAAACUUGAUCCAAAUCUUUAAUGAGCAAGAAUUAGAAUUAUUAAUUUCAGGUCUUCCUGAAAUUGAUAACGAUGAUUGGCGUAACAAUACAGAUUAUCAUGGUUAUAGCGUUUCAUCUCCUCAAAUUCAAUGGUUCUGGCGAGCCGUUCGAUCUUUCGAUGAAGAGGAGCGAGCUAAACUUCUUCAAUUUGCAACCGGUACGUCCAAGGUUCCUUUAAAUGGAUUUAAAGAACUCGAAGGCAUGUCUGGUUUCCAGAGAUUCAAUAUUCAUAAAAGUUAUGGGUCGUUGAAUCGCUUACCUCAGUCACAUACAUGCUUUAACCAGCUUGAUUUGCCCGAAUAUGAGACGUAUGAGCAGUUAAGGACUAUGUUGCUCACAGCCAUCAAUGAAGGCUCUGAAGGUUUUGGAUUUGCUUAG